CAAUUUUCCAACACAGUUGAGCAAACAGACCAAUUAUUAGAUAUAUGGAUAAAUAUAUUGUCGCAAAGUAUACAUACACAACAAUUGCUUUCAGAUCCAUCAUGGCAAGGUUCUUCGGCGCGCGUAUUAGAAGAACAGGCAAAAGAACGAGAGCGUCAAGAAAAGUUAACACGAUUACAGCAAGAGCGACUUGAACGAGAACGUUUGAGGCAAGAGCGUUUGGAACAAGAACGUUUGGAGCAAGAGCGUUUGGAAAGG